CACGUCACAAGAAAUUGUGAAUUAUCCGGGUAUAAAAGAUCCUGUAGCUCUUUCAGCUGACUAUUGCCUUCUUUUUUACUAGAUAGCUUUCACUUAGUCAACAUGAGAGAAAUCGUACACAUUCAAGCUGGCCAGUGCGGCAACCAGAUCGGUGCUAAGUUCUGGGAAGUUAUUUCUGAUGAACAUGGUAUUGACCCCACUGGUACUUACCACGGUGACUCCGAUUUACAAUUAGAAAGAAUCAACGUUUAUUUCAACGAGGCUACUGGUGGUAAAUAUGUCCCAAGAGCCAUCCUCAUCGAUUUGGAACCCGGUACCAUGGACUCUGUCCGAUCCGGUCCAUUCGGUCAACUUUUCCGUCCAGAUAACUUCGUCUUCGGACAAUCUGGUGCCGGAAACAACUGGGCCAAAGGUCACUACACAGAGGGCGCCGAGCUCGUUGAUUCCGUCCUAGAUGUUGUACGAAAAGAAUCUGAAAGUUGCGACUGUCUUCAAGGUUUCCAACUCACACAUUCUCUUGGUGGAGGAACUGGUUCUGGUAUGGGAACCCUUCUCAUCAGCAAAAUCCGAGAAGAAUACCCCGACAGAAUCAUGAACACAUUCUCCGUUGUACCAUCACCAAAGGUAUCCGAUACCGUUGUUGAGCCCUACAACGCCACUCUCUCCGUCCAUCAGUUGGUUGAAAAUACCGAUGAAACUUAUUGUAUUGACAAUGAAGCUUUAUAUGAUAUCUGUUUCCGUACUUUAAAACUCACCACACCAACAUACGGUGACUUGAACCAUCUAGUCUCCGCCACCAUGUCAGGUGUCACUACCUGUCUCCGAUUCCCUGGUCAAUUGAACGCUGAUCUCAGAAAAUUGGCUGUCAACAUGGUCCCCUUCCCCCGUCUCCAUUUCUUCAUGCCUGGUUUCGCUCCACUUACAUCACGAGGCAGUCAACAAUACAGAGCUUUGACUGUUCCCGAACUCACCCAACAAAUGUUUGAUGCCAAGAACAUGAUGGCUGCCUGCGAUCCCCGUCACGGAAGAUACUUGACCGUCGCCGCCAUGUUCCGAGGACGUAUGUCCAUGAAGGAGGUUGAUGAACAGAUGUUGAACGUCCAGAACAAGAACAGCAGCUACUUUGUUGAAUGGAUCCCCAACAACGUCAAGACCGCCGUCUGCGAUAUCCCACCACGAGGUCUUAAGAUGUCUGCUACCUUCAUUGGUAACAGCACUGCCAUCCAAGAAUUGUUCAAGAGAGUUUCCGAACAGUUCACAGCUAUGUUCAGGCGAAAGGCUUUCCUCCAUUGGUACACUGGUGAGGGUAUGGAUGAGAUGGAAUUCACAGAAGCUGAAUCUAACAUGAACGAUCUGGUAUCUGAAUAUCAACAAUACCAGGAUGCUACAGCCGAAGAAGAGAACGAAUUUGAUGAAGAGGAAGAACAAGAUGAAGCUUAAAUGCGUCUUCAUAAUUUUCAUAAUAUUGUUUUGUUCUGUAAUGUUUUGUUUUUUGUUUACAUGUUUUGUGUAAAUGCGGGUUUUUGUUUUGUCACGGGUUCAAACUACGCAUCUUGUCUCUAAACACCUAUGACGUUUACAACUGUUUGUAAGUUAUUAAAUUAUUGAAAAAUAAAAAAUAAAAAAUUCAGAACAA